GUGGAUUCGGCAGAUCAAUUCUUCCUUCCUUGCUCCCCGCCAGCCAAAAAAAAAGUUCCCUUCGCUCAGCUACGGACACUCCUUGUGCAAGUUGACGACGCCAGUCUCAAGUUGUUGAUACUUUUCGACGGCAUUCACAGUACCGCCACCAGGCCCAAUACACUAUGGGCAAGAGAGAUUUCGACCAAGUCGGCUCCCCCUACCACGGCUCUCCCGAACCGUAUUCUUCCGGCCCGUCCAAGAAGCAGAAACAGAGCGGCAAGUCCAAGAACCGGCCGAACGAGGGAAGCUCCCAAUGGGCAAGGAAGCGCGCGCGCAACAUCGACCGGCUACUGCAACGAAACCAAGAUUUGCCUGCCAACGUUCGCAAUGACCUCGAACGAGAGCUGGCCGCACACAAGACGACCGUCACCGACAAGGCUUUCCAGAAGAAACGCAGCGCCAUGAUCGGCAAGUACCACAUGGUCCGCUUUUUUGAACGCAAGAGGGCCAUGCGACUAGCGAAGCAGGUCCGGAAGAGGCUCGAACAAAGCAGCUCCCCGGAGGAGACAGAGGAACUAAAGCGACACCUACACAUUGCUGAAGUGGACGAGGCAUACACCCAGAGUUUCCCGCAUCUGGAAACGUACGUCAGCUUGUACAAGACGGAGUCGGCCAAGGAUGACAAGGACGAGGACAAGGCUGCCAAGUCGAAGGCGUUGCUGGAAGCCGAGAGACCGCCCAUGUGGUCGACGAUAGAACAGGCAAUGAGGGAAGGUCCUUCUGCCCUGCGAAUGGUGCGGGAAAGGCGGUCGUCAGAUGAGGCGCAAGGCGGAAGUCAGCCAGAGCGAAAGCAACGCAAGCAGCGGCCGACCACGACACAGACACAGAACAAGCCUGCUGCAAGGGCGCAGCCGACGCAGCAGCAGAAGGAAAAGGCGGCACCUCAGAAGAACGGCGACGCGCCGGCCAAUAUGAACAGGAGGGAACGCAGACGGCUGAUGCGCGAGGCUGGAACGGCCACCGGCAAGGACGACGACAGCGACGACGGCGGCUUUUUCGAGGAGGGCUAAGGGUGAGGCAGGAAAGUUGGUUUGCAUGGGCCUGCAAAAUGUACAUUGGUGUCAGGCAGCGGCGUUAUCAUUUGCAUGUUGGUAGAUACCCCAGUGGUUGGUCGACUCGGCUGAGCAACGAAACGUCAUCGAGCUUCCAUUGUCAUCCGUCUCCUCCCACGCCUGUCCGCAUCAGACCCUCGUCAGCCCCCUCACAGACGGCCAGAAUAAGCAAGUUUCUCGAGCGUGCGAUCCUAACCUCAUCAUAAUUAUUAUGAUUUAUUUCAGGGUGUGUUGUUGAAGUUGAGAUGCAGGAGAUGUCGAGCUACCGACAAUGUGAGGUACAUGGGCCAAACUGCGGGGCGCGCUGCAUGUGAUGGAGAACAUGUUAGUACCUACGAAUGCAGCACGCGGUUUUAAUUCUAUACUGUUCACUGU